ACGAAUUUUGCUUCCUUUCUUGCACCACAAGACGGAAAGAGAGACGACACCGGAGAGGGGGAAAGGCGAAAACGAGACGCGGGGAGAAAUUGGUGCCGGUGAGGUAGAGGUCGGUGAUGGCUGCAGCGGCAGUGGAGAAGAAGAACUCGGCGGAGAUAGAAGCGGAGAUGCACGCUCCCGCGACGAGGAUGAGAGGAGGCGGAGGCGAGGGGCUGCGGCAGUAUUACAUGCAGCACAUCCAUGAUCUCCUGCUUCAUAUGCGGCAGAAAACCAACAACGUCCAGCGCCUUGAGGCUGAGCGGAACGAUCUCAACUCUCGAGUCAGGAUGCUAAGGGAAGAGUUGCAGCUGCUUCAAGAGCCGGGUUCUUAUGUGGGAGAGGUGGUGAAAGUGAUGGGGAAAUCGAAAGUCUUAGUCAAGGUUCAUCCCGAAGGAAAAUACGUUGUUGAUAUUGAUAAGAGCAUUGACAUCACAAAAUUGACACCUUCAACAAGAGUUGCUCUUCGUAAUGAUAGCUAUGUGCUACACCUUAUCUUGCCUAGCAAAGUAGACCCUCUGGUAAACCUUAUGAAAGUUGAAAAGGUUCCUGACUCAACCUAUGACAUGAUUGGUGGUCUUGAUCAACAAAUCAAAGAGAUAAAGGAGGUUAUUGAGCUCCCAAUUAAGCAUCCUGAAUUAUUUGAAAGCCUUGGAAUAGCUCAACCAAAGGGAGUCUUGCUUUAUGGGCCUCCUGGAACUGGGAAAACUCUAUUGGCAAGAGCUGUUGCUCAUCAUACUGAUUGCACGUUCAUCAGGGUUUCUGGUUCUGAGUUGGUUCAGAAAUAUAUAGGAGAGGGCUCUAGAAUGGUUCGCGAACUAUUUGUUAUGGCUAGGGAACACGCUCCAUCAAUUAUAUUCAUGGAUGAAAUAGACAGUAUUGGAUCAACCAGAAUGGAGUCUGGCACUGGUAAUGGUGACAGUGAAGUGCAGCGCACCAUGCUUGAGCUACUCAACCAGCUUGAUGGUUUCGAAGCAUCAAACAAAAUUAAAGUUCUCAUGGCCACAAACCGGAUUGACAUCCUUGACCAAGCACUUCUCAGGCCUGGUAGAAUUGACAGGAAAAUUGAGUUCCCUAAUCCCAAUGAAGAGUCACGCUUUGAUAUCCUAAAGAUUCAUUCAAGAAAGAUGAACUUGAUGCGAGGCAUAGAUCUUAAGAAGAUUGCAGAAAAGAUGAAUGGGGCAUCUGGAGCCGAACUCAAGGCUGUGUGCACUGAAGCUGGGAUGUUUGCCCUCAGGGAACGAAGAGUUCAUGUCACCCAAGAGGAUUUCGAGAUGGCAGUGGCUAAAGUCAUGAAGAAAGAUACUGAGAAGAACAUGUCCCUCCGAAAACUGUGGAAGUAGAUUUUUCUUAGUUGUUAAUUAUGUUAAGCUCCAAACUUAUUCGUGUGAUCCACUGAUGGCCCUUCAAUUUCUCUCGGACAUGCUAACGCAUGCAAAUACAUGAUGAUAAAAGAUGCAGAAUUGCAAAAUGCAUGUAGAUUUUGCAAAUCUCGAAGUAUGUUUGGCUAAAAAUGUUAACUGCUGUCAAUUAUGUGAUUUGAAAGCUGGUAAUUUUCUGAUUGGUAUUCUAUCGUUGUAUAUUUUUUGGA